AUGAGCACAAAUAGGACAGAGAAUGGUCUCUUAUAAGAUUGUUUUAUAGGACCAUGUAUAGAGUAAUCUGAAGUAAAUAUAUAUAAAAAAAAUUCACCUUCAAAAAAUUCAAUCUCUUCAGAAUCAAGUUAAAAGCAUAAUGAAAUUCCAAAAUAAGUUGGAAUAGCAUCUAUAAACUAUUAAAUUUAGAAUUUAAAGAAAUAAUUGUCCAACAAAAAUUAAAACAAUUAGCAAACUUUAAAUAAUUUUUUUAAGGGAAGUAGAAGAAAUUUAAUUGAAGGAAGAAUUUAAUAAAUUGAUAAAUUAGAAAAGACUGGUAAGCAAGAGACAUUUAAUUUUAUGAAAACAAUAAUAAAAUCAAGCUUAAUUAAUAAAUUUAGGCAUAAUCUACUUUCUUCGUCUUAUGUAAUACCUUAAGACAUGAGAUCAAAAUUAGAAAAAGAAGGCUAUUUAUAAGAGUAAAAAGAUAAAGCAAAAUUGGCAAAUUAAGUUAUUGAAUUGUAAUAAUUUAUUUUAUUAGAUAAGACAAUAAAUACAUAAUUUACAUUAAAAAAAGUUAAUUAACCUAUUAAUGCCUGAUCGAAAUUUUACUCUGGUCUGGGAUUUGAUUUCAUUACUGCUUUUAUUUCUCAGCCUAUUCUUAUCCUUACUCAUAGCUUCUUUUGGCUAAAAUUUUAAUACUUGUAAAUCUCUAGAAAUUAUGAUAAAUUUUUAUAUUAUUUUGGAAUUCUUAUUUUCAAUAUAUAGACCCAUUAUAAUAAAUGGUGAAGUUGUUAUUGAAAUUUCAUAAAUAUGGAAAAAUUAUUUAAAAACUUAACUAUUAGAAGAUGUGGUCAGUUUUACUAUAUGGUUUUUAAUUUAUUUUGAUUUUAAUCAACAACUUAUUCUGAAUGAAGGUAUGGCAAUUAUAUAAUUUUUAAUUACAAUCAGGAAGAUAAAUAGGAAAUAUAACAUUUUAAUAGAACAACUAUAUUUAAAAGGAUUUAAUAGUAAUAAACUUAAUAUUGUAACUUUAAUAAUUAUUAUUUAUUUUUUUGCACAUACUAUGGCAUGUUUAUGGCAUCAUGUAGGAGAAGUCACUUAAUAGCAUGGAUCUUGGUUGAGCUAUUACAAUAUUCUUGAUGAAAAUUUAUGGAUUAGAUAUAAUUAUUCAUUUUAUUGGGCAACAAUGACAAUGGUAACUGUAGGAUAUGGUGAUAUUACACCUAAGAAUUAAUUUGAAGUAGUAUUUGCAACUAUUAUCAUGUUAUCUUCUAGUUGCAUGUUUGCUUAUACUAUGAAUUCUAUUGGAGUAAUUGUUAAAACUAUAUAUGAUUAAUAAACAAAGUUUAAGUAAAUCAUAUAUCUAUAAUUUUAGACGAACUUUAAUUUUAAUGAAUUAAUUCAUGUCCAAAAAUGAAAUUGAUUAAUAAAUACAAAGAAGAGUUAAGAAUUAUAUCAAGUAUAAUAUUGAAAAUAAUGUUCUUGAAAAUUAGGAGGAGACUACUAAAAUAAUAAAUGAAUUACCAUUAAAUCUAAAAAAAUAAAUAGAAUAAGAUAUUCAAUAUAGAGUAAUCUAAAAAAUCAAAACAAUAACUGAGAACUUUUAAAUUUAGACAUAAAAUAAAUUAAAAAGUAUCUUAAUUGAAAUGAAAUUUACUCCUAAUGACUAUAUUUAUCAUAGAAAUGAUUUUAAAGAUAAUUUUUUGUAAAAUAUAUUAUUUAUCUAUUUAGAUAUUUUAUUAAAGAAGGUGAAGUGUAAGUAGUUGAAGAAUAGAGUUAGAAAAUAAUUAAGAUUUUGAAGGCAGGAGAAACGUUUGGGGAAUUUUAAUUUUUUACAGGUCAAAAUACUAGAGAAUCUAUAAAAAGUGUAGGAUUCACUCAAUUAUACAAAAUAGAUAGAGAACAAUUUAUAAUUAUAAUAAAAAAUAAUUAAAAGGAUUUUGAAAGAUUUCAUAAGAUUAAAGAUAGCAUACUUUAUACAAAAUCAUUUUCAGCUAUUUAAAUAAAAUGUCAAAUUUGUGGCUAAUUUAAUCAUAUUUAAAUUGAAUGUCCUUAUAUGACCUAUUAACCAAAUUUAUAUAUUAAAAUUUUGAAGAUGAAUCAAUCAUAAAUAAAUUAUAGGUUUUUCUAAAUAAGAUCUCAUAAAAAAAUUAAAUCAUUAAUGAUUUUAUAAUAAAAUAAUUUAGCUACAAAAUAGAUUUAAGAAGACUAUAUAGAUUCAUUUAAUACAGAACAUAUGGUAACAUAUUAAGUCUCAAAUUCAUUGAGUUAUAUACAAGAGUCUGAAUUAAUAUCGGAUAAUAAAUUAAUAUCAAACAGAUCGUUUCCAAAACAAGAUAAUAUUAAAAAUACAAAUGGAGAAAUUAAAUAAUGUGAUUAACUUUAUCCAAAAAAAAUUGAAAGUGAAAAAAAAAACUAAUCUUAAGUACUUUAAAACAAUAAACCAUCAUUAAUAGAUAAUGAAAGAAAAAAAAUGAUGUUAAAAGAAACAUUGAUUUUUUAAUAAUUAGAUUAAUUUUAAAGAUUAUCUCAUUCGUAUGAUUUAGUAGGAUUUGAUAAAAUUCAUAAUUUCACAGAAUAUCUUCCUCAUAAUAAUUUCAAUUAUAUUAUAAAAUAAUACUACAAAGAAAAAUACAAAUUAAAAAAUUCAAAAUAGCUUAGAAGUUAAUUUAGUAAAAGAGAUUAAUGA